AUGGCAAGUCUAACUCAUCAGCUGUUGUCAGCAACAGUCGUCCUUGCUGCUGUUCAGCUCAUCAGUGGUUACAGCUUCAACAACUGCAUUGAAGACCCAUCCUCGAAUCGGCAACGUUUCAACUGCGUCCAACGCAGGGAAAAUAAUAUGACUGCUAUCAUCCAUGACCUUCCACGAUCUGCUAUCAACCUCACCAUCUCCUUGAACUCUAUUUAUUACAUUCCCAAGACUAGCUUUGUUGAUCUACCAAACCUUCAAUACCUCAAGAUAGAUAAUAAUCACAUAAGGAGCCUUUCGAUAUUUGCUUUCAAGGACUUGCAUCAACUAAAGUCUCUCAAUAUGUCCUUUAAUAACAUAUCGGAGCUCAAGCAUUCUGUGUUUCAGGACCUUCGCAAUCUCACUUUUCUCUCACUGUCAAACAAUUCUUUCAAGCAGCUCCCCGAGGGAAUUUUCUCCACUCUUCUCAAUCUGAACACUUUAAUCAUGAGUCAAAACCAUAUGACAAAUUUUUCGGGGAUUGCAGAGUCUGUGUCACAUCUAAUGAAUCUGAGAGAACUAGACCUUUCCUUUAACAAGUUGACCUCUCUGAGCCAUUUAAAUGUGUCACUACCCAAAUCCCUCACGACAUUAUAUAUAUGUAGAAAUAAUUUGUUCACAUUAGGAUGUAAGCAAUGGUUUCUUGGGUUAAUCCAUGUGCUGGAUUUGUCAGACAAUCCCAUGCUCCCUACAAUGGCUUUUAAAGGACUGGAUCUGAGGCGUGUAAACUAUCUGCGUUUGCGUUCAACAAGUGUCAAGGUAGUGGAGUUUUUAAACAUCAGCAAUAUCAGUGCAAGACACGUGGAUUUCUCUGGCACAGGUCUAAACAAUGACGACCGGCUCAUUGAGCUUUGCAGAAUGUUAAAGAGAAAAGUUAAAAGGAUUCCAAAUUUAGACUUAGGUAUUAAUGGGAUUGAGAAUCUAACAAAUAACACACUGUUUUAUUGUCCUACAAUCACAGGGACUUUGGAUCUAUCCCACAACAACCUUAGAAACAUAGGUUGUCUGACGUUCCUCAAUAAACAGACAUAUAUAAAGAGUAUUAACAUAGAGCAUAACCAUCUCAACAACCUCCAAUCCUGUACAACACAACAUAUGGUUUAUUUAAAUAAUCUGGAGGAGCUGAGCUAUCGUUACAACCGCAUCCUCUCAGUCGACUCUGAUGCUUUUUAUUACACACCAAAUCUCAAGACGCUAAUGCUUAACAUAAACUCCAUUGCUUAUUUACAUCGUAACGCUCUCAAAGGGCUAACAAGGCUUGAGACAUUGCGUUUGGAUAAUAACCUUUUAACUGAUUUGUUCAAUAGUACUUUUGAAGAUAAUUACAAUCUAAAAAUCCUCAACCUACGCAACAAUCGCAUAUCUGUCAUUUUUGAUUGGAACUUUUCAAGUCUCAGGAAUCUGACUACACUGGACUUAGGCGGUAAUAAGAUCACUCAUGUUAAGCCAUCUGGGCUUGAUGGACUAACAAGUCUGUCCAAAUUCUAUCUAGAUGGAAACAACCUCAAACACAUUGACUCCUCCCUCUGUCGUGUAUUUCAAGACACACUAACGGUGCUAGAUUUACAAAGUAAUCAGAUUCGCUUCCUCAAGGAAGAGAUCAGUUCACCCUUUAUAAACCUCAGCAAACUUAGUGAUCUGAAACUGGAUGGGCAGCGGCCGCAUGGCCUCACUGUUUUACCCCACACUUUUUUCCGUGGCCUCCACUCACUGAAAGCCCUGUAUCUCACCAACAACAACAUCUAUCAACUUGCACCCGAUGUCUUCGAUGAUCUGACAGGCUUAAGUUUCAUGACAUUGGAUAACUGCUGUGUUGGGGUGACACAACUACAACCAGGAGUCUUUAAAAAUCUGAGAAAUCUGACCAACUUGAUGUUAGAAAAUAUUGGCAUUCAUAACAUCUCAAAGGAGGUUUUUGGGAAUCUCACACAGUUACGCAAACUGCAGCUCAACCGUAAUGGGAUGCAGAGCAUUCGUGUUGAUGCACUGGAAAGUUUACCUAACCUCAAGUACCUUGACAUACGUAAUACUCCUUUAAGCUGCACCUGCAAAAACAGCUUACUGCAAAACUGGACAGUAAAAAACCCAUAUGUGCAGGUGGUCUAUCUCUACAACCUGCAGUGCCCACAUGAUGCCACACUCAAAUUCUACAACUUUGACACCGAAGUGUGUUACAUAGAUCUAGGAGGGUACCUCUUCCUAAGCACAGCAGUUGUGAUCUUUCUGUUCACAGUCAUUCCUUUACUUUAUUUUAAACUCUACUGGAAAAUGAAGUACGGCUACUUUGUGUUCCGCUCCUGGUUUAGUGAGCAGUGGCGCAUACUCAGAGAAAAGGAGGAAAAUUGCAAAUAUGAUGCAUUUAUUUCCUACAAUUCCUCCAAUGAACAAUGGGUCAUGGAGCAGUUAGUUCCCAACCUUGAAGGAAAUGGAUCAUCUUUUAAACUGUGCCUACAUCACAGGGACUUUGAGCUGGGCCGUGACAUUGUGGACAACAUCGUCUCUGCUGUAUACAACAGCCGUAAAACUAUUUGUGUGGUGAGCAGGGAUUUCCUAAGAAGUGAGUGGUGUUCUCUGGAAAUCCAACUGGCCAGCUACCGACUCUUUGAUGAGCACCGUGACGUUCUCCUGCUGGUGUUUCUGGAGGAAAUCUCUGAGAGGCAGGUGUCGUCCUAUCAUCGCAUGAGGAAAGUCAUGUUAAAAAAGACUUAUCUGCAGUGGCCUAGCUCAGACUGCACUAACCCGACACAGGCCCGGGAGCUGUUUUGGAAUCAGCUGCGGAGGGCGAUGAGAAGCGGGAGCAGACAGACCGAAGAACAAUACAGUGACGGUUCUAAAGAAGAAGAAACUGGAACUGUUGACGGAUGAAAACUAUUACUUGCUUCCUUAAAAAGAUGUGGCAAUUUUUUUUGGAUCGUCGGGAAAUGAACAAUCACAUUUUCUGCGGGUUAAAUAUGGUGUAAAUGCGACAAAAUGUAAGACUAAUAAUUAAUAAAAGCAUGGAUCAGAAAGUACUCAGUUUAAUUAUGAAUGUAGCACGGUUGGAUUUUGUACAAAUGUGUUGAAUUGCAUAUAAAUGUGGCCCACAUACAAAACAAAAUAUCAAAUAGCUUUCACAAUAGCCCAUUCUUAGUUAAAAUAUUUAGUCUGUAAAGAAUUUCCCAUCAUAACACCGUUGUUGAAGAAGAUGCGUGUACAGUUCUGCAUAUUACAUUCUUUGGGAUACAAAUAAUACAUAAGUCUGUGUUUCUAUAUCUCUACUGCACAUGGGACAAAAUAAAAAGAUGUAACUCUU